CGGAAGUGUGGGAGGGCCUGCGGGGCGGGCUUUGGGAGGCCCAGGGGGAGGAUGGAGCUGUGAGCGGGUCUGGGCGGCUGCUGGCAGCGCCAUGGAGACCGUGCAGCUGAGGAACCCGCCGCGCCGGCAGCUGAAAAAGUUGGAUGAAGAUAGUUUAACCAAACAACCAGAAGAAGUGUUUGAUGUCUUAGAGAAACUUGGAGAAGGCUCCUAUGGCAGUGUAUACAAAGCUAUCCAUAAAGAGACUGGUCAGAUUGUUGCUAUUAAGCAAGUUCCUGUGGAAUCAGACCUGCAGGAGAUAAUUAAAGAAAUCUCUAUAAUGCAGCAAUGUGACAGCCCACAUGUAGUCAAAUAUUAUGGCAGUUAUUUUAAGAACACAGACUUGUGGAUCGUUAUGGAGUACUGUGGGGCUGGUUCUGUGUCUGAUAUCAUUCGAUUACGAAAUAAAACGUUAACAGAAGAUGAAAUAGCUACAAUAUUACAAUCAACUCUUAAGGGACUGGAAUAUCUUCAUUUUAUGAGAAAAAUACACCGAGAUAUCAAGGCAGGAAAUAUUUUGCUAAAUACAGAAGGACAUGCAAAACUUGCAGAUUUUGGGGUAGCAGGUCAACUUACAGAUACCAUGGCCAAGCGGAAUACAGUGAUAGGAACACCAUUUUGGAUGGCUCCAGAAGUGAUUCAGGAAAUUGGGUACAACUGUGUGGCAGACAUCUGGUCUCUGGGAAUAACUGCCAUAGAAAUGGCUGAAGGAAAGCCCCCGUAUGCCGAUAUCCAUCCAAUGAGGGCAAUCUUCAUGAUUCCUACAAACCCUCCUCCCACAUUCCGAAAGCCAGAACUGUGGUCAGAUAACUUCAUGGAUUUUGUGAGGCAGUGUCUUGUAAAGAGCCCUGACCAGAGAGCCACAGCCACUCAGCUCCUACAGCACCCAUUUGUCAAGAGUGCCAAAGGAGUGUCAAUACUGCGAGACUUAAUUAACGAAGCCAUGGAUGUGAAACUGAAACGCCAGGAAGCCCAGCAGCGGGAAGUGGACCAGGACGAUGAAGAAAACUCAGAGGAGGAUGAAUUGGAUUCUGGCACGAUGGUUCGAGCAGUGGGUGAUGACAUGGGUACUGUCCGAGUAGCCAGCACCAUGAGUGAUGGAGCCAAUACCAUGAUUGAGCACGAUGACACAUUGCCAUCACAGUUGGGCACCAUGGUAAUCAAUACAGAGGAUGAGGAAGAAGAAGGGACUAUGAAAAGAAGGGAUGAGACCAUGCAGGCUGCAAAACCAUCUUUUCUGGAAUAUUUUGAACAAAAAGAAAAGGAAAACCAGAUCAGCAGCUUUGGCAAAAGUGUGCCUGGCCCACUGAAAAAUUCUGCAGAUUGGAAAGUACCACAGGAUGGAGACUAUGAGUUUCUUAAGAGUUGGACAGUGGAGGACCUUCAGAAGAGGCUCUUGGCCCUAGACCCCAUGAUGGAGCAGGAGAUUGAAGAGAUCCGGCAGAAGUACCAGUCCAAGCGGCAGCCAAUCCUGGAUGCCAUUGAGGCUAAGAAGAGGCGGCAACAGAACUUCUGAGCAAGGCCAGGCCGGGAGGGCCCCCUCCACCCAGGCCUUUGGUGAAUUCUGGAUUGCACACCUCGCGCCUGUUAGCCAGCACUUCUGCUCUAUUGUUUCUCCACAGCACCUUUGUGAACUCAGGAAUGUGCGCCAGUGGGAAGGGCUACCUUGACGGCCAGCAUGCCACCUUGAUGCAUUUACAUUGGUCAGGUGUAUUACUUCAAAGGAUUUAUAUUGGCGCUUUUAACUCAGAGUUUUAAACCCCAGGAACAGAGACUCCUAGUUGAGUGAUAGCUGGGAAAGUUUUACAUUGUCUUUUUGUUUUUAUUCUCCCAAUAGCUUUCAAUUGUUCUUUCUGGAAGACUUUUUAAAAAUAUAUAAAUAUGCAUAUAUAUAUAUAUAAAUUAUAAA